AGGGUAUAUCUUCACGUGGCCCAACUCGCAUAGGGUUUUCUCGCAUAAGUCCCUGUCUCGAUGGUUCCCGAUCUUGCGACGGAAAGAUCCGAUCCUCCUUCACCGAAGCGUCAGAAGACGGAGGAGGAAACAGCAUGCUAUGAUGGCCGUCCCGAGGAUUUCGAUUCCGACGAGUGCACCGACGAGGACAUGCAACUGUUCGACCAAGAGUUGGAUAUGAUCGGCGGGGGUUUUGAAAUCGACUUCAAAAAAUUUCGCUACUGUUUUGGUUGGAGACCACUGGAUCUGGAUGAUAGUACAAUGGUCGAUGAGCCUGAAACCAACAGAGAUUUCAUCGCUACGUUGGUGAACCUCGCUCUCACCAAGUACAACGCAGACAAAGGAACAAGCUUGGAACUGGGAAAGAUUUUGAUUGCCAACUUUCAUCCAUCUUGUGCCGUCACUUUCUACAUCUCAUUCCAAGUCAAUGAUCCUUCAGAUGGUAAUCAGACAAAACCCUAUCGAGCAGUGGUUCGCUACUUCCCAGGAGACAUUGAAGUUGUCUCUUGCAAUCCCAAAUAUUGAAUUAUGUGAUAGAGGUUUUGUAGCAAUCAACCAGUCUCCUCCUUCUGUCUCAUGGGUUUAAAGAUUGAAGAAUUGUUUGUUUAUGCUUAGCUCAAAGGGAAAGAAAAGUGUUUGCAUGAUGUUUCUCCAACUUUUUUCUUUUCUUUUUUUUUAUGUUAUCAGCUUAUUUUUCU